GCUAUGGGCACGCCGCUCCGGGGACCGAUGCUGGGAAGGCCUUCUGCAUGUUUUACGCCGUCCUAGGAAUCCCUUUGACUCUUGUAAUGUUCCAAAGUCUGGGCGAGAGGAUGAACACUUUUGUCAAGUACCUCCUGAAACGCAUCAAGAAGUGCUGCGGGAUGAGCAUCACAGACGUGUCCAUGGAGAACAUGGUGACCGUGGGGUUCUUCUCCUGCGUCGGCACGCUGUGCGUCGGAGCCGUCGCCUUCUCCCACUACGAGGACUGGAGCUUCUUCCAGUCUUAUUAUUACUGCUUCAUCACAUUAACAACUAUUGGCUUUGGGGACUUUGUGGCCCUUCAAAAGAACCGGGCUCUCCAGAAGAAGCCCAUGUACGUGGCCUUUAGCUUCAUGUAUAUCCUGGUGGGCCUCACGGUCAUCGGGGCGUUCCUCAACCUGGUGGUUCUUCGCUUCCUGACGAUGAACAGCGAGGACGAGAGACGGGACGCGGAGGAAAGAGCCUCGCUGGCGGGAAACAGGAACAGCAUGAUCAUCCACAUCCAGGACGAGACGCUGCCGAGGGGCCGGCGGCGGAGGGAAGCGUACCGACAGGAAGUGACUGAUCUGCAGUCGGUGUGCUCCUGUAUGCACUACCACUCGCAUGACUUCGGCAGCUCUGGGGGGGGGAUGGGAGGCCUGGGCUGUGCCUUCUCCCAUCAGAACUCGUUCAGCUCGCAGCUGAAUCCCAAUCAGUACUUUCACUCCGUUUCAUACAAGAUCGAGGAGAUCUCGCCCAGCACCUUGAAGAACAGCUUCUACCCGUCGCCCGUCAGCUCGGUGUCUCCGGGCCUCCACAACUUCACAGACAAUCACCAGCUGAUGAGGAGAAGGAAAUCUGUUUAAAGGCCUACACUGAGGACACUGAACCGUUGGCUUUAAUUCAAUGUCAACACAUUCACAUUAAGUUAAGAUAAGGUAAGAUGAGAUGGAACUUUAUUUAUCCCCUUGGGGUAAUUCAGGCGUUUAUAGCAGCAACAGUUUCAGAAUGAAAAACAGGAUUCACACAGGGUCAAAUAAAGAAUACAAAUUUAAAUAAUAAUACAACAAAAAUAAAGUAACUAUUGAAACAAGAUAUCACAGUAAAAGGUUGAGUAUUGGAAUGAACAUGUUAAAUACAUUACUGUAUUAGGUUAGCUGAAAGCAAUAAUAUGAAGUAAUAUUUGUUAUUUAAACUUAAUAUUAUAGCUUUUAAUUAAUGUUGUGUGAAAUCUGUUGACAUAAUACAUUUGAUUAAAGCCAGUGUUUCAGUUUUCUCAGUGUAACACACACAGGACAAACUAGUUGUUUUAUACACAAGGUCAAACAUUUCCAAUGCUGCUCCUUACCAAAUCUUAUUUCAGCACUUGUUUCCUUCUUUGGUUUGUGUGUAAUAUAAAAAGUAUUGUUGGGAACAGAUGAAGAACACUGUGCAGAACAGACACACUGCGGAGGAACAGCAUGAAGCAUGGAUGUCUAUUUUUUCAAGAGCCUGCUCCAUUUACAGACACUACAAGAUGACGUCCUUAUUUAACAUUUACACAACAGAAUCGUUAUAUUAACUUUGGUUACAUGCCAAAUGAUGCACACUUGGGGAAAUGCUAUUUUUCAAAAAGGGAGUAUGCUUGUUUCACCUUAACUUGAAGAAUUACUAUUCCAUUGCCUCACUGCAGACAGAGAUUUUAAAAUGACUCAAAGCAUCAGGUAUUGUUUUCUAUAAGCAAUCAUAUACUCCAAUGGUUUCGCCACACAUCAGGCCAAAAUAUCGUUGCCAAUAUAGCAUGUGCAUUAGAUGUCAUUUACCGAGUGUACCAUGGUUUUGUGACAUUCUUUAGUCUAUUUAUAGAACAGCCGUGUGUGUCUGAUUGUCUUGGAUUCAAAGGAUCAUGCUGCUGUUAUUAAUAUUUCACCCUUAUCUAGAGACAGAUCUCGCCUCAAGAGGUUUAAUUUCACCUUAGGCCUUUUGUAUAAUGAGACUGUAAGACCAUGCAACACUCUUAAACUAAUUUGCCUUUUUUUGGAGUCUGUAUUGGUUCUCUAUUUCUUUCCAUUGACAUUCAUACUCGAUAUCAGUUCUACUAAGCAUUGAGAUUUGUUCAAAUUCACGUUGAGCAGUCUAUAUAGAUUUAAAAAAAAACUUAUGGUCAAGAUGUAUGCAUCGGAGUGGCAUGAACCAAAAACAAAAUGGAUUCAGCUUUGAUUUAUUUGCAAUAACCUGAUAAAACUGAUGCCAAGAUAACCAAUACAUGAAGUAAAAAGUCUUAAUUUGAUGGGUAGAGUUUGGUUCGAACAUUGGAGCUGCUCCAAACUCAAAAUCAUUUUUAAAUGUGGCGUAAAUACAGCAGCAGGACAUACAUUUCUACACACUGUGUAUCCAUUAAAUUAUUUCACCAUUGGCCAAUAAUAUGCUUAAUAAUGAUGACAGGUGCCCAGUUCAAGCUCUGAAACACUGGAUCCUACAAUUCCCAUGAUGCAACUCCAUGGCAUCUUAACUCACUUUUUUUGCAAAUCCUACACAUCACAUGUGCUUUUCGGCUUCCAUUUCAAGUCACAUGCCUAAGCUUUGAUAUAUGUUUGAAUGUUUAAAGAGCUACACACACUAUACAACUGUAAGCUCAAAUUGGAAAAGUAAAAACUUAAUGUGAACGCUCUGAACAUAGCAGGUGGUCAGGUCGCUCCACACCCACCUUGGUUUGGGUGCAAAAGUUCUUCCUUUUGAGAAGCAUUAAGGGAGAUGUAUUUAAAACCGAUGAGUCAGGUUGAGGAAAGUGAAUUUACAGGUUCUUGGAAAAUGAUCAAGUGGCUCAAAUUAAUGAAGUGAAGUGUAAAAGGAUCACAAGGUGGAUUUUUCAUUUAACCUUCAGCUACCAAAGUGCAAUGAAACGACUCCGGCUGAAUUUAUAAGCAGUUUUAAUCAAAACCACAUGCAUGAUUAUUCCCUAAAGUCCUGCAGAGUAUGCAAUGCAUGGCUGUAGCAGCUGACCCUGGAUCUGCUGAUUAACCCGUCUCAGAUCUAACGGAGAUCUGGGUUCAGAACUGCUCACAGGGACAGAGAAGCAUGCAGAUCUAAACUGACAACUCUUGAGGUUUGGUUGCACUUUGGAGCCAUUAGGGAAACACAGCCUUGAUAAACACAUCAACCAGCAGUGAGUUAAUGUGAGCGGACAUCUGAGCAUCAAAGGAAAGCUUAAUAACUUCAGUAUGAUCCUUUUAUUUUCUGUAAAUUAUCAGAACGGGAAAGGGACAAUUUGUUUGUGAAAGAUCUGUGCAUGAACUUUGUAUGAUGAAUGCGGGAAAUAACUUCAUAAUCACUUUUAAAAGUAUUUUAGCGGCAAUUAGUCUUAUGAAUGAUUUACAAUACAAGCUGUUUAUUUUGCCAGCAGUUCUUAAAGGGAUACACCUUAAUUAAUUGGUCAUUCAAACUGUCUUACACUAAUAUUUGUUCUCAGGUUUGAAUGAAUCACCUUCAUUUGGGUUUGCUCUUGUAACACAAUGACUGAAGAGCAAGCGCAUCGGCCGAAUAAUAACGCUGUACAUAUCGAGUCCUGGUUUUUCUGAGAAAUGAGAUGCAUCAUCUCACUGAGGCCCGUCUGAUGCAGAUUCACCAGGAGUCCGUUUGCAUUAUGGGCUUCAUUUCUGACAGGGUUUGAAAAUAUUACGGCAAUCCUGGAUAUUUAUACUGUAUUGAUAUCAGGCCUGUUUUAAAGCCCAAUGCUCCUUUCUGUCAAAUAUAAUGCCAGCUGUCAAAGAGAACAUCGUCACUGAGCUCCUACGGAUUCAUUAUUUCUAAAGGCCUUUUAAGAUGUAAUGUAUAUAUCACUUGUUUGUAAAGACUGGAGCAGCUUUUUUUAAGUUAUUCAUGCAGGGUUGGAAGCUAUUUAAUUCCCUUUUUGCAAUUUCUACCCUUCAAAAUCACUGGAAAACCAAAUUUCUGCACCAUGACUUUCAGUAUCAGUAUUCUUUGCAGCCUUGUGUUUAGCUUCUGUUCAUUUCCUGGGUAGCUGAGCAUGCCUCGCAAGGUGAAUGCCACUCUGUUUGGGAAAAUGGUAAAAUGCCAUGGAUCCCAUUCAGUCGUGACGGACAUAACCAGGCAUGGAGUCCGCGAGAUAAGCCCUGAAAGCAUUGUUUCAUUCUUGGAACUAUACGGUCUUAUCUAAGUAUCCUGUACAAUAUGUUUAUAGCAACCUUUGGAAUAAAAAGGCCUUUUCAUGGCUGAGAUGCAUAUGUAUUUUUACACAUUAGCAUACGUGCCUUGAAGAAACAGCAGUCAGUGUUUCUGUUGGAGUACAGGGCACAUUAAGUAUGGUUGGUCUGUCUGUGCUUUAGCGAGCCGAUUUUGAGAAGUCUGGAGCGCAGACACGGUUAAUUUAUAGACAGAUCUCAUGACAAUAGAUUAACCCUAACCCCUAACCCCAACCCAUGACUCAAUAACCUAACUCAAGUCCACUAUACAUCUUAAACCGCCAUCGUCUAUAACCACAAACACAACCAGCGCCAAAACAGACUGAAUUACUACCUUAAUUUUAAAAUACAUAACAAUCCUAUAACAGUUUAAGAAAUACUUCUAAUCAUAGCAACUUGGGUCUUCCUUCCAACUUCUGGUCAUAGUUCAAUCAGUUUAAAUAAUAGUGUAGUCACCAAGGUAAUUGCUGAGAUUGAGGAAUGCCACACAAUUGCUUAAAAUGCAUUCAUAUGGAACAAUACACAUAAGCAGGUGGAUGAUUAGACUGGUUUAAUUAAAGGUAAUGCUUUUGAUAUACUCCCAAAAAAUCACAGUAAAAGUCCAAAAACGGACAGUUAUUUGAUCUUGCUACAAGUUUGGACUUUUAGGCAAAGCUUGAUGAUUGUCCAGAACUAAUAAAAUACAUGAAUCAAUUAUGUAGGUGAACACGUGCACUGUAGUUUAUCAUGAGGUUAUUUUUCACAUAGAAUCUGGAAGCUCUGAAUGGCUCAAGAGAGAAAAAUAAAUCUGGUAAUCAAUUUUCUGAAAUAAAUAGUUUUCUCUCCCCACCUGUUUCAGAUUUCAAAAUGAAAUUAGAAUGAGUUUCCUGGCAUAGCUUGGUUUCCCCCACCUGUUCUAAACAUUUUUGAUCAGACUUAAAAAAUGGAUCACCGGUAGUGUUUUUCCCCCUUGUUGUAGUCGCUUCUGUACAAUGUGUAUUGAUCCAUCUGUCUUCAAAAAUCCUCAACAAAUACACUUGUAAUCUCCUGUUUGAGUAGUUUGUGGUGAUGACACUACAGGAUGCAACUGUUUUAGGAAGUUUCUUCAACUCUCUACCUCAGGGGUGUCAAACUCAAUUUCAACUCGGGCCACAUUAGCAUCAUGGCAAGUUUUAUAUAAGACUAUAUAAGAAUAAAUAUAUAAAUGUGUAAUAUAUAUAAAAUAUGAUAUAACAUUAUUGCCUCUGCAUUGGUUUAUUAUCGGAUAGGGUAAUAACUUCAUAAUUAACUACGUCUGAAAGCAGAAGUCUAGGGCAAACAAUUGCAUGUCACAAAAUGAUUUAAAAAGAAAAGCCGAAUUCUGGAGGAAAAAAAAAAGUGAAAUUUCGGGGAAAAAAGUCUAAUUUGAGAUGCAUUGUGGGACAUGUAGUUUAUGGGCAAUGUGAUUCUGUAAAGCGACAUGUAACCGUAAUAAACAUAUUAUAAUUUUUGCAAGCUCCUGUGGGGCCACAUGAAGUGAAGUCGCGGGCCGGAUUUGGCCCCCGGGCCUUGAGUUUGACACCCCUGCGUCUACCUGUUUUUAAAUCUGCAUUAUUAUUAUUUUUGGCCACUUGGGGGCGGCAGAACAAGCUGAACCCAUGCAUUGACAUAUAAUAAAGUUUAUAUUUAUAUUCCAUUAAGACUCAUGUAUCUGGAGACCAGAUGAAUGUAAGCUCAUUUUCCAACUUCCUUUCUGCUCUGUUUUGGUCUCCUGAAACGAAAUACACCUGAAUUCUUACUCGAUAUUUGAUUUGUGGUGUUAAUUAGCUAGUGGCUUACUCCGCAGUGGCUUUAUUUGUAUCUCCAUAAUUUGUUUUUAAGUAAUCCGUUUGAUCUACUCCCUACACAACUCUUUUUUCAUGGUUUGACUGCUCAUUUUCUUCCUAGACCUUGUUGUUGUGGUUGUGUUGUUGUUGUCGCCUUGUUCCAUGGUCUCAGCUACUACUUUAGUGAAUGCAAUGUUAUUAAAACCAUUGAGAAUGAUGGCCUGGAGAGCAAAAAGAAAACCCAAGUUGGAAUUAUCCUCGAGUCUUUUCCAAUACUGAUAGGGUUAAACAAACAUCUACCUAUAACAACAUCACUGAUCCGUGUCGUCUACCUUCCAUUUUACUUCACUUUUCCAAGCAACAUUUUGGGGAAUGUAUCAGCCAUAAUAGAUCAUUUGGUUCCGAGAGGAAGCAGCAAACAAACUCAUUUGCUUUUCAUGAGCUGCAAGUCAGAUUGUUUGUCAUACCCCUCCCACACGCUCGCAUAUUACUCAGAUGUGUGUGCCAUCAUGCCACAUGUCAUAUUGAUGGUCCUCGACUGAAUGUUAUUCUAUAACACAGAUGGCACAGAGAUACAGCCACACGCCACAUCCCUCGCCAACUAUCUUAGUGUUUCCCUGCCACGUGGCAUCAGAACGACCGCGAAGGUGAAUUGCAUCUGCAUUUCGUACAUGGCUGCUUCUUCUACUGCAUGUGGCAGUAUGUGCGGGCCAUUUCUCUGUCAACAGUGCCAUGUUUUCCGACAGGGACAAAGAGACACAAAUUGCACUACUAUCUGUGUUAUACAAUAAAAUAGAAAGGCUAUGUUCCAUAACUUCUCUUUGUGAAAUAUCAUUUGCAAUAGGUUCUUCUGUAGGUCUGAUGAACAAAUAAUACCAUGUACCAUAUUCCUUACAGGAGAUUUUUAUAUCCCAUUUCGUUGGCAUCCUCGUCCAACCAAACGACGUCUUCUGUCACACUUUUGAAACUGAUGUCUGUACAGUACACUCCGGUGUGGGACUCGUCUCUUUUCACCACGUGGAGAAGAGAUUGUUGAGAGUGACAUGAACAUUUUACAUAACAUUUGUAUGUUCUCCUUUUUCUGUAUUUUCUUUUCUUUUGGUGCGUGUGUGUGCAUGAUUUGGUGUGGAUGACUCACUGGGUAACACAGCCCGAGUGAAGCCAUAUCACACUUGAAUAAAAAUGAUGAGCCUCCUUCUGAAA